AUGUCUUACAACGUGACUCUAAAUGGACCUGGACCAUGGGGUUUCCGACUGCAAGGGGGAAAGGACUUCAACAUGCCCUUGACCAUAUCCAGAAUCACCCCUGGCAGCAAAGCAGCCCAGUCCCACAUGAACCAGGGGGACCUUGUGGUAGCCAUUGAUGGAGUCAACACAGAUGGCAUGACCCACUUAGAGGCCCAGAACAAGAUCAAAUCAGCCAGCUACAACCUGAGCCUUACCCUUCAAAAAUCUAAACGGCCAGCUCCAGUUCCAACAGCCACACCUAAAGUUGACUCUCCCAGGCCUGUAAUUCCCCAUCAGAAGGUCAUAGCCAACACUGCUGCCAACACUGAGUAUGUGGAACGCUUCAACCCUAAUGUCCUGAAGGACUCUGCCCUGUCUACACACAAACCCAUUGAGGUGAAAGGCCCGGGUGGCAAGGCCACUAUAAUUCAUGCCCAGUAUAACACCCCGAUCAGCAUGUAUUCCCAGGAUGCUAUCAUGGAUGCCAUCGCAGGCCAGGCACAGGCCCAAGGUGGUGAACUUGCUGGUAGCCUUCCUGUUAAAGAUCCUCACAUAGAUAGUGCCUCUCCAGUGUAUCAGGCUGUGCUUAAAACUCAGAACAAGUCUGAGGAUGAGCUUGACGACUGGACUCGCCGUUCUGCCAAUCUGCAGUCCAAGUCUUUCCGCAUCCUCGCCCAGAUGACGGGAACGGAGUACAUGCAAGACCCGGAUGAAGAAGCCCUGAGGAGAUCAAGGCCCCAGCGCUCUUCCUAUACAUCAACUCCAGUUUCCCAGGGUACCGCUUCUUCCUCAGGCUACAGUGAAAGUCCAGUUCCUGCUCCAAAACCAAGAGUUGUCACUACUGCUAGCAUAAGGCCCUCUGUCUACCAGCCAGCCUCUGUGUUCCCGCCAGCACCGGCACGAGCACCAGUGCAUUCUUAUACACCAGGCAAGGCUGAUCCUUCAUGCCGCCCUCCUUGGGUAACAGAUGACUCCUUUUCCCAGAAAUUUGCACCUGGAAAAACCACCACCUCUGUUACCAAACAUACCCUGCCACGGGGUGCUCCAGCACCAUCUCCUGCCUCAACUUCAGCCUACUCGUCUCCUUCAAAACCAGCCUCUUCCCAGACUCCUGCUGUAGCCCGGGGAACAAUUCAAAGGGCUGAGCGUUUCCCAGCCAGCAACCGAACUCCUCUCUGUGGACACUGUAACAGCAUCAUUCGGGGUCCUUUCCUGGUAGCCAUGGGUCGUUCCUGGCACCCAGAGGAGUUCAACUGUGCUUACUGCAAGACAUCUUUAGCAGAUGUGUGCUUUGUGGAGGAGCAGAACAGUGUGUACUGUGAGCGCUGUUAUGAACAGUUCUUUGCACCAACCUGUGCCAGAUGCCACACCAAGAUCAUGGGGGAAGUGAUGCAUGCUCUAAGGCAGACUUGGCACACGACUUGCUUUGUCUGUGCUGCCUGUAAGAAACCAUUUGGGAAUAGCCUCUUCCACAUGGAGGAUGGGGAGCCCUACUGUGAGAAAGAUUACAUUGCUUUGUUCAGCACAAAAUGCCAUGGCUGUGAUUUUCCUGUUGAAGCAGGAGAUAAAUUCAUUGAAGCCCUUGGACACACUUGGCAUGAUACCUGCUUUAUUUGUGCUGUGUGCCAUGUGAAUUUGGAAGGUCAGCCAUUUUACUCCAAGAAAGAUAAGCCACUGUGCAAGAAACAUGCUCAUGCCAUCAAUGUCUAA